AUGAAACACAUCACAGAAGAGAUUGUUGUGGGCAUGCAAACGUAUACUGCAAUUAUCAGCUACGAUCAUUCAAAACACAGAAAUGCGCCAAUUACAAUCUACAUAAACCAAAAAGAUAACAAGGUCCUCGAUGAUUAUGUAUACACUAUUGCAGAUUCGUCUACAUAUUUGCACAGAGCACGCACGGAUGACCAAUUGAAAUCAUUGAACCAGUACCUCGUGAAGAAAUUCAAAGUACCCGUGUAUUUAUCCGUUAGCGGCGAUGCCGAAUAUUCCAACGUUGAGAUGUUUCGCUCUAUUGUUGACUUGAUUGAACCUACAUACACUUAG